AUGUCAUAUUUAUGGGUCACUCCAAGUAGCGCCACCAAGCGGAUAUUCUGUCAAUAGUGGAAAUUCUAGGUGUCAAUAGCUUUGACGCGAUUUGAGCUCUCAAACUUGUCGAUUAUUUUGGGGCGUUUUUGUUUAUUUUUAUUUCGAUUUCACAUUUAUAUAAAACAGACUUCUACGUACCAAAUAAGAAUGGCUGAUACUUUGAUCCACGUCACACACAUAGAAGAUGCCAUGCAACUCCAAGGACCCUGUUUGUACUUUUGGGGUACACUCGAUAACAAUCUGUAUCUUCUUAUGGAGCGGUUCUUGGAAACAUUCAGAUCCGUUUUGGAAAGAACUUAUCCACCCCCAAGUGUUAAUGUACUGGCAGGAAAUGGAAUUUGUUGUGUGCUAAUUGGCCAUCAGUGGUAUCGUGCAAGAGUUCCUUCACUGGUCUUGGAUGUCAGUGGAAAGCUUGAGGUUGUCUGUAUUGAUAAUGGAAAGACACAUUCUGUCCCUCUCUCCUCAGUUCGAAAAUUGGACACUGCUAUUCCUGGAUCCAUAGCAGAGAACAUUAGAAAAUGGCGACCACUAUCCACCAAGUUCAUUUUGGCAGAUGUCUCAGCCCCCAUUGUACCUGGUCGCUCAAAUCGACAGUGGAGUGAAGCAGCUUUAAAUUUUCUGAAAAAACGUGUGCAGAAUCAAAUUUGGAAAGCUGCUUUGUUGGGUGCUUACGGUGAGCAUCUAGGUGUGAGGCUUUUCGAUUCUAACAAUCAGCUGUUGGCCAAGUACCUAGUUGAUAAAAAACUAGCUGUUGCAGCUCAGACUUAUAAAGAUGCCAUCACCAUGUGUGAAGAAUUGAAGAAAAGUGGAGCCAACUCUCGUCUCCCCGAGAUUUUCCCAACUGAAAUUGCUGUACCACCAACUGUUUCUUCAACAACUAAAGUCUCUCUCGAAUCGUCUUCGAAGCCACACAGAAGCUACUUGACCAGAAAACUUCCCGAAGAAGGGCGUCACGAUGUUGUUGUGUCCAACAUGGCCAAUGGACCCUAUAAAUUCGUCAUUCGACUUACUAGAGAGGAAGAAACCCUUCAAAAUCUACGCAAAGCCCUUGAUUCGGUUGCUCCACAUCCCUUCCCAGGAUCUCCCAAAGAAGGUGCCCCAUGUAUUGCGGUGUGCCCAGCUGACAAUUUUUUUCACCGAUGUGUGAUCACAGCCGUGGACGAAUCUGGCCAUCAACCCCUCUUUACUGUUUACUUCGUUGACACCGGAUUCGAGUACCAGCUCAGCCUUGCGUUCCUUUGUGCCAUCCCCAACGAACUGCUGGCCCUUCCACCAUUUGCUUACCAGGUCUCUCUGGCUGGUGUCGAGGAAGUGGCAGAGCUCAGUGGCCUCAACGAAAUAUUCUCAUCGUUGGUGAAAUCUGCUGGAUUCUUGUCGGCCCAAGUUGAAGACCAGCAUAACGUCAACCUCUACGACCACACCGGUCGUAGUUUUCUAGACGUCCUACGCGCAAUCAAAUCGAACCUCCUGGCUACAAUUUUGGGCGUGACAACAAACAGCCCCAACGUCGUUUCGUCCCCUACACGUUUAGCUGAGCAUGUCUCCAAGAAGAAGAAAGUUUUGGCUGUUGAUGAAAGUCUUCGUGCAACCUCUCCAGUUCAAGAUAUUCCACCUAUGGAGACCACUGAUAAGUUAUCAGUCUUUGAGGAAUUUCCGCACCCUGAUGCUUUGGAGAAAAGCUUUCUGACAAAUCCAAAGUUGGAUUCGAUACUUCUUAUGGAUUUAAACUUCGCUCCAGGCCAGCUGAUGUCUUCCACCGCCGUUGCCUCAUAUAUCAAGUCUAAAGAAGAGGUGUGGCUUCAAUUGAGUUUGACAGCUGUUAAUUUACUCAAGGAAGAAAUUGCCAAAAUGGACGUACUUCAGUUGACCCCACUUGAGCCCGAGGUGGGAGUCCACUGCCUGUGUUUUAUCCAGAAAGACAGUGGUUGGUAUCGGGCCGUCGUCAAUUGCGUCCAGGAGGCUCGAGUAUCUGUGACUUUAAUUGAUUACGGUGUGUCUACAUUUGCCGAUGUCGCUGACUUGCGAGAACUUCCACCCAGUCUAGCAAAGCAACCAGGAUUGGCCCUCAAAUGCGCCCUGGAUGGAUCUGAAAUGAGGUACGAGACUUCUCCCACUGACGAGCAAUGCCGAUCCGUAAUAGCCGAUUCGGAACUCCUGUCAGUUGUCUUUGUCCGUCAAUCAGCAUCACACCUUUUUGUCCGGCUAUUUGAUGCUACAACUUGUAUUGAUCUGAACGAGAGAAUGGGUCUCCCCGAGAGAAACCUUUUGGAUUUCUCCGAUCUCAGUGAUACAGAAACAUCUACUGCCAGUAGUGCAAUUCCCCUAACUAAUUCUCUAGUAACUGAUUCCAUGGAUAUUGACUUAUUUGUUCCCAUUUUGUCGGAUGUGUCUAUAUCCCCGAAUACCGUCUAAUUGAUUGGGUGGUAGCCAAGAGUAUGUUUCUGUGUUUUGUUUUCUUUUAAAGUUCAACUCUUGCCAUUAAAAACGCCGUCGUCUUUAAUGAACAGUUAAAUUAAAUUUUAGAGAAACUUGUUCUUAUUGAAAAUGAAUUGAUUUUGCCAUUUCGAUGCUUGGUGCCAAAAUUUUGACGCAAUAAAUGUGUUGCCCCUGUUGAAAA